AUGACAUUACGAAGCUACAGUCAAAAAGCUAAAAUAGCUUUAUACAUUAUAAAGAGGACUCAAACCAAGCAGUCAGCCCAGCAGCAAUUCCGAGUCUUUACGUCAUUCUUUGAACAUAUAAACCAGAAGUUACCAGAGCCUCCUCCUUUAACCAAAAACCUAUUUGCUCAGCUGGCUGAAAACAUUGCCAGCAGCCUAGGCAUUUCCUCAUGUUAUGUUUGGUUUCUUCAGACAUUGCAGGGCGGGAAGGAAUGUGGGGUUGGGGCCACAUCAGCUAGAUUGCGGCCUACCACUGGGGAACACGUCCUGUCGGCCACCGCGCAACUCCCAUUGGUCGACGAGAAAGAUGACAGACAAAGGAGGCGUGGCCAGGCAGCAGCGCGUCCAGGUGGGUGUGAGGCAUCACAAGGAAAGCUGAGCAGGCAAUUGCUGCCCCGCCCACUCUGGGAAGAGGGGCGGGGCCGCCGGCUCCAGGGACAAUGGGGUGGGGCGGGCUUUCCCUGGGUGGGCGCAGCGGCUUCCUGGGCCCCCCUCACGCUCUGGGUCAGAGUUCCUUUACAGGCGGACCUGAGAGGCAACUCACCGACUCCUGCCCUGGACCCUCCUGCGCCACUGAACCCCCUGACCUGGGAGCCUCGGAACCUAGGGCUCAGGAGCCCCGCCACCCUCAAGCCACACCCCAUUGAUCAUUUGCUGAAGAUUUUAGUACCUGGCUCUGGCCUGCUUUCCACCGUCAACACUCACAUCAAGGCACCUGGAUCUCUUCUCCGCCGGCAAUCCUGCCUUCCGCCUUCAGACUUUAAAGCCGGAAAAUGUACUGACCUUGGGAAUAGCAAGAGAAAGUACUUCCUUUCCCUCUCCCGACACCAAGUGAUCCCAUCCCUGUGUUUAGGCCUAGUUCAACCUUCUAAGCUGUGCGUCGCUUCCAUGCUUUGGAGCAUUUUACAUAUAUCUACCCACUUCAUCCUCAUGACAAUACCAUUAAGUAUGCACGAUCGUCAACUCCAUUCUACAAAUGAAGAAACCGGCACAGUGAAGACCAAGGAAUGAUCACAUGAGAACACAGCAAGAAGGCAUCCACCUGCACUCCAGGAAGAGAGCCCUCACCUGCAACUGAAUUGGCUGACCCCUUGAUCUUGGACUUCCAGCCUCCAGAACUAAACUGAAGCAUGAGUACACAGAGGAAACUGCACUUGUCAUGCUCCCCAAAAAGAAGAGUUCAUAAAGUCAACAUAUU